AUGAAAAUCACAUUUUUCUUUGCUGCGUUGUUCUUACUGGAUCUCUUCACUUGCUGUCAUGCUUAUCCACAGUAUCCCUUGCCUGACAUAGAAGAUGCAAAGUUCAUUGAAGACUGUGUGAGAGCUCACAACAGGUUUCGAUCCAAAGUGAAUCCACCAGCCAGCAAUAUGUUUCGCAUGUCCUGGGAUGCUGCUUUAGCUAAGACUGCCAAAGCAUGGGCAAAGAAGUGCAAGUUUAAGCACAAUAUCUACCUUAAAAUGCCGGGGAAGGUGCACCCCACCUUUACCCCUCUUGGAGAAAACAUCUGGACUGGCACAGCCACCAUCUUCUCUGUGGAUGCAGCUCUCAGUGACUGGUUUAAUGAAGUCAGCAGCUAUGAUUUCCAGACCAACAGCUGUACUGGCAUGUGUGGUCACUACACCCAGGUCGUUUGGGCAGAGAGUUACAAAGUUGGCUGCGCAGUUCACUUCUGCAAUACAGUUGAAAAUUUUCCAGGACUCUUCAGAGCAGCACAUUUUGUUUGUGACUAUGGGCCAGCGGGGAAUUACCCGAGAAAACCAUAUGAAGCAGGACGACCAUGCAGUGGAUGCAGUAAGGAGAAGUGCGUAGACAAGCUCUGUGAAAACACAGAACGUGAGAAGCUGAUAAAUUAUGCCUACUGGUAUCCGGACUGGGAUACACAGCCCCAGCCACCACAGCCCCAGCCACCACAGCCCCAGCCACCGCAGCCCCGUCCCCCCAGGCCUCCAACGCCGCCGUACAUCCCACCUGCUGAGCAUCCGCCUCCCUCUUGUGACCAAUACUGUCUUAGUGUUUCAAUUUUAAGGUCACUGUUUUUGGUGCUGAGUGCUGGUGCUGUUCUUUUAGUACAACAACGGUUUCCACACACAUUUUUUUAUGAGUAAUGAUCAAUUAAGAUACUGAUAGUGAUCCUACCACUGUAUUACUCUCAGAGAAUUGCACCCAUUUAAAAAAACACUUGGUCAUCUCUCCAUUAUCCUUGUGAUGUUUAUCCAGCAUAGAAAAGUCUGCUUCUUCACUCAAGGCAAGAUACAAGUGGCUGUGCAUAGAAUUAGUAUAAUUUAUUGGCAGUAGCUGCAACACGCUUCUAUGUCUGUACGAGCCUCUUAGCUCUGGCUCAGGGGUAGAUUGCUAGAGGGACCAUGUAGACUGUGUAUUACUAUAUAUGCUAACAAGCCUCCUGGAAACCUGGGGCAUCACAAAGACAUGUCUGAAGCAGCACACCGUAUCCAAAAGAAGCAAUAACUCAUCUCCAUUAACCUUCAAUUAUCACACACAUCAUUUUCCCCUGAUAAUGGAGAUUUAACUGUAGGUAUUACUUUUUAUGAACAGAAGGAGUAAAGCUUGUCCUUUACUAUAUUUAGCCUAUGUGUAUCAGUUUCCAUUAAAGUUAC